AUGACAGAUAACGCUACAAUCAAUCUUGAUAUGGUUUGUCAAGAGCGCAUCAUGAUCGCCAUAUUUCUAACGCUAUUCACCGCUUCCUUUGUCACUGCCAACAAAAUCAUGUCUAUAGCCGAGUUCAAGGCUCGCCCGAUCCCUGAAUACGCUAAACAUUUGACAGGACAGGCAUUGAUUGAUUACAUUAACAACAAUCAACCAUAUUUUACGAUCAGUGUUGUUUUGCAGGCAAAUCAUUCUAGUAUGACCUACGAAGAAUUCAAAUCUCGCUUGAUGGAUGUGAAGUACUUGACGAAAUGCACGAAUAUCCGAAAGAUAAAGGAAAGUGCAUCUAACGAAAAAAUUCCAGACAGAUUUGAUGCACGAGAGAAGUGGCGAGAUUGUGAAUCUAUCAGAACUAUUCGUGAUCAAGCUAAUUGCGGGUCUUGUUGGGCUGUCUCUGCAGCUUCGGUUAUGUCUGAUAGGUUGUGCAUCCGAAGUAAAGGCAAGAUACAGAAAAUUGUCUCCGACGCAGACAUUCUGUCAUGCUGUGGUUCGUUUUGCGGCAAUGGGUACGUUUAA